CCACCGAGAGCGACUUCACAACACGGGAAAUGGGAUCAUACAAGGAGCACUUGAACGCAUCGUCCACAUUCAGCACUCUGUUAACGAGCACUUCAAGAGCGAAGGGGCGCAGAACAAGUUAAUAAGUCCAGUAACUUUGUUUUUAAGUAAUUUAUCUAACAUGUUGCAGUUGAAAGCUCUGGAGCUUCUGUUCUUCUGGUUCUGCCUGCUGACUGUGUCUGGAAUAACUCCUGGACACAUGGAUACAAACGGGUCGGGUGACGUCAGAGUGGUUGUGGAAGAAGGGAGUGACGCCAUUUUACCCUGUUCCCUCAGCAACAAGGAGAACAUGGAGUCAAAAGUCUUUGACUGGAAGAAAGAUGGUCCAAAGGAGAUUUUCUUUUAUGAUGCAGGCCUUCAUUAUAAUAACGGCCGUCCAGGUCAAGAUCAGCAGUUCAAAGGUCGCGUCUCACAUUUUCAAGAAGAGCUGAAGUACGGCAACGCCUCCAUCAUCAUCAGAAAUACGAAGGUGACUGACUGUGGAAACUACAGCUGUCAUUUUCCACUUCUUCAGCCAAGACAGAUAUUCAACAUUCAGCUUGUUGUUG